CACACACACACACACACACUGGAACGUGUGCAGCUUUUAGGAAUUAAUAAUUCAUCAUCUAUAUUAUCUACCUCAUCCACCCUCCGCAAAUGCAUUAUAUUUUCUUCUGUAUGACGCCGGUGGCUACUUUAGUUGCUCCUGUAUCACCGUAUAGUUGAUCCUCUUCUAUUUGCUGUGUCUCUGCAUCUCUAUUUAAGAAUCAAUUCUUGUUUCACUGCCUGCUAACUGACAAGCUACCCAUGUGCAUUGCAGGGCAAAAACAGCAGACUCAUGCCACUGGAUACAACAGUAACAUUACCCCUGUCAUUAAAGCUUUCACAGUUAGCCUUUUAAUGAACCAUUUUACCUCUUCUGCUUCCAAAGUCCGCUCUGCUGUCUUCGGCCCUUCUUGUUUCAUAUGAAUUGUUUCAGAUACUCAUAGUGGUGGUGGUGGUGCCGGUUUAAUGUUGAGCGAGGAACUCGGAUGCAGUCUUAUUAACGACACGUUUAUGAACAAUCAAAUGGUCCUCGUUAAAAUUUAUUGAUGGGCAUAAAAACAUGAACGGUCACUAGCCGAAUAUAGCGCGCCGUAGUGGGCUGCUUGUCAAGAAUCUGAAUCCCCACCUCUCCUAUCUCUGCAGAUCCCAUUUAGGAAAUGUUUGCUGUAUCCUCGUUAAAACAGUGCAAACUUUAUUAGUGGCGUAUGCUACAUCCUCGUAUUUUUGAUUCAGUCUCUCCAGUAUCCAAUCCAGCUAUAUCUAGCCACCGUGGAGGCUUUUCUCCUAAGAAAUAAACCUCAUGCCGCAGGAAACUCUCACACCUCCGCUUUAUCAAACGUGCUUUAAAGCGUGGUUUGAUAAAGAUAUAAGAGUAAACGAUUCGGUAAACACUUUGCUGUAAUACUAUCCCUUGCAACAGCAUGGCGCUACGGUAGAUUUUGCCAGACAAAGAUUGAUUACACCAUCAAAUAGUGCCUUGCUCUUAGACGUAAUGUGCGCAGGUCUGUUGUGCGACUAGAGGUAGAUCCACUACUAGAACUACAAAUGCGUAUUUUCUUCAUGAAAGAACAUAGUUUUUGGAAUUGCCUCUGUGCCUCCGAGAAAAAAUAGUAAAAGAUUAUAUUCUUUAAUCCGAUUUAUGUGUACUGGUAUCCCAAGAUAAGUGGCGCAUUGAUCCACUGUACAAUUUUUGUGGGGGUAAAUAUAAUCACGUGUUGGUGAGGCAGCCAAUAGCAGCCCGGGAAGCGUUGAGAAAUAAUUACCUGCCUUGAUUGUUCUAUGGCUAGAUAAAAAAAAGUACACAUACACUCCAUAUAAUAAUCGGAUGCAUGUAAAAGAGUCGGUGAAGCUUCGACAUGUCGACCACGGGUCCCAUAAGUAAUUAUUAUGUGGACUCCUUGAUCAGCCAUGAAAACGACGAUGUCCUUACUGCAACUCGUUUUUCGGCGCCCGGUUCGCACCCAGCCGGUCCUCGUCCGACGUCGCUAGUACCGGAGUGUGCUGACUAUCCUUCCUGCAGCUUCGCACCCAAGCCACCCGUCUUCUCCACCUCCUGGGCCCCUGUACACUCCCAGUCAUCAGUGGUUUACCAUCCAUACAGUCACCAACCUCACUUAGGCACAGACUCGAGAUAUGUGCGGUCAUGGCUGGAGCCGAUAUCAGGCGCCGUGCCUUUCCAUGGCUAUCCGGGGAACAACAGGCACUACGGGCUGAAGCCCGAUGCAUUUCAAGAACACAGAGCCGGCGAGUGUCUCGGCUCCAGCGGACGGACCUACACGGAUUAUCUGUACUGCUCAUCCACUGACACGCGAGACAAGACGCAGCAGAAUCUCCCCUCUCCUGAGUCGGAGCUCAUGGCUUCAGGAAAACAUAAAGAUGAGAAACCGGAGCUAGAUCCGAAUAACCCUGUGGCAAAUUGGAUACACGCCCGCUCCACAAGGAAGAAGCGAUGUCCUUACACAAAGUACCAGACUCUCGAACUGGAAAAGGAGUUUCUGUUCAAUAUGUACCUUACAAGAGACCGCCGAUACGAGGUCGCCAGAGUGCUGAAUCUGACUGAGAGGCAGGUCAAAAUCUGGUUUCAGAACCGGAGAAUGAAGAUGAAGAAGAUGAACAAAGAAAAGACCGACAGCAAAGACCAAUAAUGUGGACUACAGUGACACAACAACCAACAAUAACCACUAGUCUAAUGGACAGCACAGAUGUACCAAAACACACGACAAGCGCCCCUCUCCUCCUUAUAUUUAUCACUUUUGUUGGAUUUUUUUGUAUUAACCUUAACUUCCAGACUGUUUGAUGCCGAAUAUUAUUUUUUAGUGUACAUUUAUGUGUCGAGCGUUUAAGUAGGAAAAAAAGAACGAAAAAAGAAAACGGAAAACUUCUAAGGAGAGAAUUACACUUUGCUUUCACUUCGAGAUAUGUGGUUUUGUAAAAGAAAUUAAAGAAGCGCAGUUUGGAUACGCUUAAACUGUCCGGAGAAAGAGAAUACUUGAAUUCCUUUGAAUUUCACAAAAACCAUAAUUUAUGCUGUGAAUGUUUUCUUUCAUGUUUAUUUUCUUUGUACGCUGUUGUGCAGGUGUAGUAUUUUGUACAGCAACAUCUGCGGUCGACAUGUCUGUCUUGUAUUUUUGUGAUAGUUGUAGCUGUAUUUGUGCACAUUUUCUUUCUCCUUUUUUUGAAUGUAGCCUACGAGUUUAAUUAUAGAGUGUAGAUAUAGACCUCUGCAAAUAUAACCAUAAUCCCAA